AUGUAAAAAAUUAAUUAAUUCAUAGAGCUAUCUACAGGGACGCUAGUUAUAUUAAAGAAGAUUCGUGAAACCUUUCAUACACCGUUAACUAUUUAGCCAAUUUUAAAUAUUUUGGAAUCUUCAGCCAAAAACAUUUUGUUAAGUUACAGUGCUUCUGUUUGCGAAGAAUUUCCGAUGGAAUUGGUUUAGGAUAAGGAUUAAAUUGCAAUUUAGAAAUUGUUAAAAUUUUAGAAAAAUUCUAAAUUGAAUUCUAUGGCCUUUUAGGCAAUUGUAAUGAGAUAUUCUUAGAUCUUAAUUGGGAGAUAUCUCUGUUCAACCAGAAUAAUAGAUUUUGAACAUUAAGAUCCUGUUGUUUAGACAACGAUUUAAGAAUAAUUGGAAACAAAUGAUCAAUCCUCAUCUAUUCAAUAGCAACAACAAACCUCAUAAAUUAAAAGUCAAAAAAAAAGUUCUAAUAAAGAUUCUGGUAAAGAUUCAAUCAAUAAGAAAAAUUAGACAGGAGGGAAGAUGCCUUAAUAAUCUUAAAGAUAUCUUACAAAAUAGGAAUCUCUUCAAGUAAAUUAACUACAAUAGUGGAAUAGAAAGGCUAUGCAAUCUGGUGAUUUAUCAAAUACUUUAUAAUAGUCAAAUUAAUAGAACUCAAAUUUAUUCACUCAAACUUCAACUAUUUUAAUAACAAAACCUACCUAAACCUCACAAUAAUCUGUGUUUCGAGUUAUGAGUUCCAAACACAUUGAUUUGAAUAGUUCUUAAUAGGAUAUGAGUUCUUCAUUAAGUUCUCCUUAAGAAGAAACUCCUUAAUCUGGUUAAGUUAUAAAAACUCCUUAAUCUGGUUAAGUUGUAAAAACGUCGCAAACAUAACAAUAACAUGUUACCUAAGCAUCAAAUUAAAUAUAAUCUGGUCGGAAUUUACGUUCUCUGGAUGAAGAUUCUCAGCAAGACUUGUGUGAAGUAUACAACUCUCAUCAUUUAAAAAACAAUGCGAAUUGCUUGAGUAUGUACAUGAAUUCAUUGAGAAUGAGAACUCACAUCAAGGAGUCUUCAAGAAGAUAAAAAUUAGAAUAAAUCUAAUAGAUUAAGUUGGCCAUCUAUGAUCAUAAUUACACUGAAGUAUUGAAUUAAGAAUAUUAGUUUAUUGAUAAUAUCUAGUUCAUUCCAGAAACCUAACUAGAUACUCCUUUAUAGAACGGGAAUACUUUUCUAAUUAUGGCUGCCUAGUGUGGAUGUAUUGAGAUUGUUCACGAGCUCAUAAAGAGGGGUGCAGACAUCGAUAUUUAAAAUGAUGAUGGCAAUACUGCAGUUCAUUUGGCUUUGGCAUAUGGGCACUACAAGAUUGCGGAUUUGCUAAUGGAAUCAGGGGGGAGCACGCAUAUCUUAAACAGAAAGGGAUAGAAUGCCUGGGGAAUAUUAUGA